AUGGCAACAUUGAACUUUGCUUUGAAAAACGACACCGGGUCUAACACGGUCUACGCAUACAUUACAGGCCAGGCGCUUGAUAAUCACAAUGCGCUUUUCCUCUUGCGAUCUGAUGGCAAGACAGCUUACUAUCCGACCUCACCAUCAGCCACUAUGACCGAUCUGAGCGAGGAUUGUGCAAUUCCGCUGGGCCCAUCUGGCAGUACCACCACCAUCACUAUUCCACACCUUGCAGGCGCGCGACUGUGGUUUGCGCAAGAGAAGAAAUUGACAUUCUAUCUGAAUCCUGGCCCUGCUCUUGUUGAGCCUUCGGUAUCCAACACCGCAGACCCUAACUAUAAUCUGACAUGGGCCUUUUGCGAAUUCACCUGGAAUAACGACCAGCUGUAUGCGAAUCUCAGCUACGUCGACUUCGUGUCGAUGCCCAUCGCCAUGACCCUAACCAACAAAGCUGGUGCAACCCAGACCGUCAAGGGUCUGCCAGCCAAUGGUCUCGACCAAGUCUGCGAUGCUCUCAGAGCGCAGAACAGUAAAGAUAAAGCCGGCUGGGACAAGCUCAUAAUCCAGCAAAACGGGGUCAACUUGCGGGCCGUUUCUCCUAACACGGGAAGAACCCUCAAUAAUUCUUUGUUCAACAAUUACUACGAGAGCUACGUGAAUGAAGUCUGGUCUUACUAUGCAAACAACACCAACAAUACCUUGACCGUCAAUACGCAGGCUAGCGCUGGUGAUGUCACAGCCAAAGUUGCCUCCGAUCUCUUGUCCUUCUCAGUUCCAGGUAUUUCUUACACCAAGCCCUCUACCGGAGACAUCUUCAGCAACAGCACUGGCUCCUUCGCCGUUUCUGGGAAUGGCACCAAAGAUGCCAUUACAGCUCGUCUUGCUGCUGCGUUCAAUCGCUCAACCCUGCUGAUAAAUGGCAACCAGCCAAACGGGGAGUCGGUCUCGAACUACUACAAGAACCCUGUGACAAACCACUACUCGCGUAUCUGUCAUGCAGUGAGCCUUGAUGCUCGGGGAUAUGCAUUCCCCUAUGAUGAUGUCGCGCCUGACAAUGGCCCCGAUCAGUCUGGCAGUGUUUAUGAUGGUAAUCCAAAGCUCUUGACAGUCACUAUUGGCAACGGCUCUAGUAAGUCUGUCAAGAAAUCUGCUGUCGAGGAGGUUGUUACCCCAGUCCCGCAACCAGUUCCACAGACCAAAGAGAGCGAAAAGAAGCCGAGCCGCUUCCAUGAGCUGAGAAGGUUUGUGGAUAAGCUGUCGCACAAGAAGAGCGACGCCUGA